CGAGUCGCCCUGAAAGGCAUGCCCGAAGGCAUGCCUUUCAGGUUGUGCCUCCAACCCUAAUGCGCAGGCUCGAUUCUUCUCCUGUUUCGGGUUUGGCCAUCGUUCGGCCCCGUCUCUUCUUCUCUGCCUCUGCUGCAGUUCCUGUCCAUGGUCGAUCGAUGAUUCCGCUGCCGGAACGUCAUGCCAUCUUUUCGAGCAAUCCACACCUACUUGAGGCCAGCUCUUGGCUCGUCAGCUCAGAGCGUCAAUACUCCAAUCUAGAAGAUCAAGGACAGCAGCUACAAAUUGUUAAAGAUAGCAGAUUCAGAGAUGAACUCUUAUGUAUGAUCCUUUAAAAGCUCGUUCGUUAAGAUGGAGCCCGAAAGAGACCAGCACCAACCUGAAGAUGCAUGGGAAAGUCUACCUAUCGAUUUCCUGAUCAAGAUUCUCAGAGAUCAUGAUCUCCCAAUUUCCACUCUUCUGGAAUGUCGUUUAGUUCGUAAGAAAUGGAAGGAAGUCAUAGAUGGUCCUGAGUUACGGAACAGAAUAUGGAAAAAUUCUGUUAUUGUGUUCCAUGAAACAACUCAUGGUGAAAAUACGGCACACUUCUGCUAUAGAGAUCGAUGGAUCACAAGUAAGUUGACAUUUGGAGACAAUGAGCUGGUCGCUACUGAUGGAGGCCUACUGUGUUUUGGUGACCGACUUGAUAAUACAUUUGUCAUGUACAACCCAGUUCUGGACGAAAUCCUGCUUUUGGACGUACCUCUUGAAAUCGAUGGAAAAUAUACAGUUGACACUAUCUUCUCCACAUAUUAUAUCCUGGAUUAUAAGGUGGCGGGUUUAGUCGUGGACCAAUAUACGAAAAACUUCAAGCUGGUUUUGGGAGGACUUCGAUUGGGAGGACCUCAAUUUGGAGCACUUCAAGACGCAACAGAUAGACGCAGAACUUUGAUAUACGACUCGACGACCGGUACAUGGUCGUGGGGAAUUCAUCCGUUCCCUGAACGGAUCAAAGACACGCGGACUCGUGAGAGAAGUGUAGUAUGUAAUGGUUGUCUGUAUUGGUUCGUAUGGGAUAGUUAUCUCUUGAUAUUUGAUCUUGAAGAGGGAACGUGGAACACACUGGUAGAGGAAUCCAAGGAGACCCCGCGAAUUCACCUUCAAAUGGCUGCGUAUGAACGACAUGUGUGCCUUCUUGGCAGAAAUUGGUCUCCUCUGGAAGGGGAGUUUGAACUUAGGAGCGAUGUCGCCAACUUCCUCCGGAGUCCCAUAGUCCGGCGAAUGGAUGGAGCUUUGAUCAGGAGAGUUAGAAAUGUAUAUGAUCGAGCUUUGAUCAGGAGACCAUGGAACGAGGAAUGGGACGAAAGAAUGGACGAAGCAAUGGAUGAAGCUGUGGCCGAAGCAAUGGAUGAAGCUGCUAUCAGGAGAUUUAUAGAUCAAUGGCAUCUACCAUAUCCCAAAGUUUUCAACUUCUAUGCCACAGGAGGCAGGGAUGCAUAUUUCGUGUUGGAUAAUGAGUACACACAUGAGGUGGUUAAAUAUGGGGCUGACUUUGACUCUAUAUUUUUUCUACCCAGACUUCCUUUUCACCCAUGGGUUGAAACCUCCGGUCCAAUCCCCCCCGACCCUUGGUGUGCAAUAAUUCCAAGUCCCAGAGGAAGUGCAGGGCAGGGGUGGAUAACACAGCAAGAGUAUGUAGCACCGUUGUUGGCAGGAGGAGCUGGAUGCACGACUCCGGAGACGUUUGAAAUCUAUAUGAAGAAGGCAAAGAACUUGAGGUGGUAAAAUAUUGGGCUGAAUUAGACUCAAAUUUUUUUUCUACCCCAGCCUCCUUUCCACUCACGCAAUCGGGUUCAAUACUUUGUAUACGCUCCGAGCCCCGACGACCCUUGUUGUGCAAUAAUUCCAAGUCCCAGAGGAAGUGCAGGGCUGGGGUGGACAAGACAGCAGAGACGGGAGGAGGAGGAGACGCGGGAAGCUCUGAGGUAAGUUAUUAGGGACAAUCAUAGGCAAGCUUUUGGGCAAUCAGUUUGAACCCUCAGCCUUUUGACCCUUUGGGUCCCCCGGGCUUGGUCUUUUAACUUUUACCACUUACCAUUUUGACGUGGCAAUGGAAUUUCCAUGAGAAGGAGGUUUCCUCGGACCUUCAGCACAGAUCAGGUACCGAAAUAUGGUUCCUUUAACAAUUAAUUCUGUGCAGCCAUGAUAAGGUGG